GGUAAUAAGUCUGGUGAUCUAUUUUAUGCUAUAUAUUAUGAUGUUAUUGGGUACCCAGUUACCUUACUGUUUGCUUUGUUGUAGUUCAUUGGGUAACUGGUUACCCAAUCAUUGUAACUGGUUUUUGUGUUGAUGAUGGUUACCAGUUUCCCUUGUGUUACAAAGUUUUAUUGUCUGUCAUAGUAGAUUUGUUUCUACCCAUAUCAUUUUAUAAUCAUGUAUUUUAUUUAUUAUGCAACAUAUUGAUGUGAUGAUGUAUUACUUGAGGAGAAAGGUUAAAUUGUCUACAGAUUUGAAGAGAAGAGUAUCUACGACUGACACUUGUUUUGGGCAAAACAUAGUGUUUAUGUAUGAAGAUUUUAAGAAAAAAGGUAGUGGCGCAUUUAAAAUAGAUGAGAGAUGCGUUGCUUUGAAGAUAAUGAAGGGGGAAUCCAUGUUUUGUGCAACUCAUUGGAAUUUGCUUGAUGAUGUUGUCAUGCCUGUUAAUGUGAAUGGUCUUAUGCACUGGAUUUUGUUGCACUUUAAUGUACAGCAGAGAUCUCUUACGGUGUAUGAUUCAAUGUCUGGUGCAAAGCAUGAAAAUCAGACUUUACCUGUCGUUGAGGCAUUUGCUGUAUUGAUUCCUCUUCUUCUGGAGAUGAUUGAUUUCUAUGUUCGUAAAGAUAUUCAUCUUGAUGUUAGCCCGUAUGAUGUGGUAGAGAAUGAGGCUUUGAAGUUGAGCAUUGCUAAAGGCAUUCCUCAACAGACUGAUUGUGAUUGUGGGGUGUUUUGUACUUAUUUUGCUGAGCAAAUAAUUCUUGGGAAGGAGAAUGAGAUGCCUAAAAAUAUUGAUGUUCGUCUCCUUCGUAAAGACAUUGCUGUCAGCUUGUACUAUCAUGGAAAGAACAAAGAACUUGAGGGAUACUUAACUAGUGAUGAGUUCACUGAUAAGCUUCUGGAGAGGAGACAGAAAAGAAUGAAAAUUGCUGCAUAGGCUUUUAGUGAUAUUAUAUUUCUUUUGGUUUUUUAUCUUUUCUACAACUGUAAUUGAAUGAUGAAUCAAUUUCUAGUUUAACAGUUAGCUUUUUUAAUUUUCUUCUUAUGUAAAACAUUGGGAUUCUUAAGGUCAUUUUAUAUAUACAUAUUAGUAUAUCGUUUUGUUAAUUCUUUUGCUGUAAGCUUUUUGGAAGAAUGAUUUAGAGGGUAACCAGGUACCCAGGUUGUUUAUUUUCUAACAUACCAAGGGUAACUGGUUACUUAAUUGUUUUUAUUUUAAUUUUUUCCCCAUUGGUUUGUUGUUUGUUAAUUACAUUUAUUAAUAUAUAUUUUAGAUAACACUUUAAAUCAGGUAGCUAGUUUUCUGUUUGUUUUUGUAUUUUUUUCCACUGUUUUAUGGAAUAACUUGAGGGAAACUAGUUCCUAGUUGGGUUGUUUAGCUAAUUUUAUUGGUGAUGUUUGAGGGUAACUAGGUACUCAGGCUGUUUGUUUCCUAAUAUACCGAGGGUAACUGGUUACUUAAGUGUUUUUUUUUUUUCCCCUAAGCUUGUCUUUUUUAUAGUUAUGCAACCAGUUUAUUAAAUUAAUAUUAAAGUAACUUUAAUAUUAUAUAUAGACGAGUUUGUGAUAGAAGAAAGUAA